CAAUCGCUUGGGCAACAUUUCCAUAUACUUUCUCUGUCUCGCUCUCAGCGUUAUCUGUUUUAACAAGUCUGUUUCCCACAGUCUGGCUUUCCCCUGGAAUCAUGCACAGCAAGGAAAAUUCAUGUUGCUGCUCAUUUGAGCACUGCAAGUUCACCACAGAGUGGCUCUUGAGCAGGACUAGACAUAGGCCGAAGAUAGCCGUUGUGUGUGGCUCUGGACUCAGCCUCCUCGCAGAGAGCGUCUCUAACAAGCAAGUCUUCCGCUAUGAGGACAUCCCGAAUUUCUCUGUGAGCACAGUUCCUAGUCAUGAUGGGCACCUUGUGUUUGGCAAUGUGAAAGACAAGUCCUGUGUCUUCAUGCAGGGGAGGUUCCAUCUAUAUGAGGGCUAUUCAUUGUGCAAGGUCACGUUCCCUGUGCGGAUCUUCAAGCUGAUGGGAGUGGAGACUAUUAUAGUAACAAAUGCCUCGGGAGGCCUCUGUCAGGACUUCAAAGUGGGAGACAUUAUGAUCAUCAAGGACCACAUUAACUUGCCAGGGUUUGCUGGACAGCAUCCACUGUGUGGGCCUAAUGAUGAACGUUUUGGGAUCCGGUUCCCCUGCAUGUCUGAUGCUUACAGUAAAGAGCUGAGGAAGCUCGUCCUGAACAUCAGCGCUGAGCUGGGCUACUCUAACUUUGUGCGGGAGGGAGUUUACUGCAUGGUCAGUGGGCCUAAUUUUGAGACCAUUGCUGAGGCCCGCAUGCUGCAUAUUCUGGGCAGCGACUCUGUAGGCAUGAGCACGGUCCCUGAGGUGACAGUGGCCAAGCACUGUGGCCUGCGUGUCCUCGGCCUCUCGCUCAUCACCAACAAAGUGUCCCUGGACUACAGCCGUGAGGAGAAGGUCAAUCAUGAGGAGGUGCUGCACAUCAGCAAGAUGAGGGCUGAGAUGUUACAGAAGGUGCUCAACACCUUCAUUGCUCGCUCACACCAGGUGGAGGCCAUCAACAGCAAUUAGACACCAGCCCACCAUCACAAGCUUCCGGACUAUCAUAUUAUUAUCCUUGCUGUUGUAACAAAACCUCCAGAAUCUACAGUCACAUGCACAAAUUUGGGCUCCCCCCGUCAAAUUACAUGUUUUGUUGAUUGUCCAAGUGAAAAUAGGUUAACAGAUCUAGAGAGAACUAAAUGUGGCAUUUCUCUGCUCGUUUUAGUGCACAAUAUAUAUUUAUUUGCUUUUAUUUGAAUUUAACCUGUUAUAAAAAAUAAUAAUAAUAAAAAUAUGUUCUCAAAUAUGUUAAAUCCAGCAAUUAAACAGUAAUUGUGCAUUAAAAUGUCUGGUAACUUAUUCUCACUUUGACAAUCAACAAGACAUUUAACUAGAGGUUCCAGUCCUUCUGCCUCACUAAAAUAGUGACUUUAUAUAACAUUCUUAACUUAAAUAACACGUAUAAGGUUUUUAUUCCAAGAAAUGUAGACCAAUUUCAUUGGCCUAUUCAUCAUAAAAUGCCCAAUAUAAAAGGCAUCUGAUGUUUUCAAAAUGCUGUAAAAAAAAUGUAAAAACAAAAGAAAUAAGAUAAAGAGUUAUACAGCUCUGAUACAGCAGUGACGAUUUGUUUGUAGAGAAUGUAACAAAGGCCUUUUUGACUCAUGCUGUAAAUACUGACAUGUUCAGGGCGGCUUUCCCAUUGUAAAUAAAAAGGUGAAAAAAUGAUUUUAA